CCACCUCUGACCCGGAAAUAGGAUAACCUCGUUUUCAAAUUUUAAAAGGAAGACAAUAUUUUUACUUUUUUUGUUGGAAAUCAUUUAAAUUCAAGGGUACUCUGGUGAUUAAAUACAAUACACUACACAUGGCUGACUCAAACAGUCAUCCACCGAGAUGUCCAUGUGGUUUUUGGGGGUCCCCACAGACAUUAGGCUUAUGUUCCAAGUGCUAUAGAGAUCAAGAGCAGAAAAAUCGUGCCACAUCAGAAAAAGUAAACAGUGGCGCCACCUCUGCAUCAAUGCCUGUAGAUAAAGACGCCAUCACAAAAGCUCUAGCUCAAACAAUAACAACAUCUAGCGAUAAAACAAGCAAUGAAGGUGCGACAGCAACUCCCUCAACAUCAGCUGCACCAACAGUUCCAGUAGCCAGUUCAAGUAGCACAUCAACUGCAAUAGAGGAUGAAAAGUCUGAGACGAGUAGUGCCAAAGACACAACAGAUGCGGCACCAUCAACAUCGGCACCUGAAGAUACUAAAAACGAAAAUGGAAAAAGAAUAAAUAAUAGUCUGGCAAUAGAGGAGGAGAAAAAUAAGCAGCAAUGUUUGGGUGCUGAGGCGGCUCAAGAUGAUGCCAGCACUCUAGACCCAGACCGCCCCAUCCAGAAAAACAAGAAACGCUGUUUUAAGUGCAACCUCAAGUUAGAAUUAGCUAUUCGAGAGAUUGGCAAGUGCCGAUGUGAAUAUGUGUUUUGUCAACUACAUCGACUACCGGAGCAGCACAAUUGUAUUUUUGACCACAAAGAAUCGGGGAAACAAGAGGCUCGAGACAAGAUGAUAAAACCCACAAAACAUCUUGGGACAACUCUUCAUAGACUCGACUCCGAUCCUAGUUAAUGUAUCAAGACCCAUAGAGACUUCUUCAUGUUAAGCAACAUCUCAGCAAUAUCAUGGUGGUAAACUAAUCUCCUCAAUUUACUUCCAGGCAGUUGAAUUUUAAAACCUUGCUGAUAUUUAAUUGACUUAUUUGAAAUUAUGAGUUUUAUGAAAAAUUUCAUCAUUUCUAAAUUAUUAUUUUGAAAAAUUCAGUAGUUAUUAUUCAGAUAUACAAUGUAUAUGUAAUGUUAUUUUGAAUUCAAUGAUUAUUAUAUUUUACCUCUAUGUAGAGUGUACAUAUAUGUUUUAAUUUAGAACUACUGUAAUACCACCAUGAUAUGUUGUAAAUGAUUACACCAAAUUUUGUAUUAUACACCAUACACCAGUUUGUUGAUUUCUAGUACCUCAACUCGGCAGGUCACAUCCCUGUACAAUUUAAAAGAUUGAACAAUGUGCGGUGAAUUA